AUGGCGAUCUCCUUUGGAUCUUUCGAUGGCAUAUGCCAACAAGCGGCGCUCAUCGUUUGUCCUCUUGUGGGGACAGCUCAAGGCAUCGAGCCAACGUGCUAUAGCCGAAACGUUCAAAUCGGACGGACACUAGUGUUUCAACCUGCGGCAUGCUUUGUCCACAUCGUAGCCAUUAUCAUGACCCUCAUUAUGAUCUUCCAUAUCCGAAGUAAAUACACGGCUGUUGGUCGAAAGGAGAUAGUCAUGUUCUUCUAUUUAUAUGCUAUCAUCGAACUCCUUGCCAUGUUCUUGGAUUCUGCCAUUAUACCUACGUCAAGUAACGUUUAUCCAUGGUUUGCCGCAAUAUACACGGGCUUAGUGGCAGGGGCUUACAUGUGCCUUCUAAUCAACGGUUUUGUUGGUUUCCAAUUCGCUGAAGAUGGAACUGCUACUUCUUUAUGGGGCUUACGAACCGCAACACUGGUAGCGUUCGGCGUUACGUUCUUCAUCGCUAUUGCAACAUUCCAAGGUUUUGCUGGCCUUAGCUACAAAAAACCGAUCGCUUUAUGGAUCAUCUACAUCAUAUGGCCGCUUGUAUGCGUUAUCGUCUACGUUGUCUUGCAACUCGUCCUCGUAGUUCGCACACUGGACGACCGAUGGCCAAUAGGUGAUAUCCUGUUUGGUAUCGCCUUCUUCACGGUGGCCCAAGUGAUCUUGUUCGCAUUCAGCAACCUGAUCUGCGAUGCGGUGAAACACUAUAUCGACGGUCUUUUCUUCUUCCAGCUGUGCAUGCUAUUAAGCGUGAUGAUGGUUUACAAAUACUGGGAUUCCAUCACGAAGGAGGACUUGGAGUUCAGCGUUGGGAGUAAAACAUCGGUGUGGGAGGUCAAAGAUCCGCUCUUAUCCGUGGUUCCUCGCGGUGGGGAAUAUGACGAUGAUCAUCAGAGCAAUUAUCAUCCACAACCUAGCCUUGUGGGCGGUGUCAGUGGUGGGCAGCUAUAUCAGGCGCAACCUCACGGCUAUCCUCCGCAGAACUAUUGA